GACAGUAGGAAAUAUGCUCGCUAUGAGAGGUUUCUAAACAUUUGGAAUAUUGCCGACAAUAACACCCAUGCAAACCGUUUUACUAAUUCAAAACCACCGGGAUCACAUUUUACCAGGAUUUACUGAGGACGUUCAUUUUUACCCUCUCAGGCUAAAGACAUAAUGACCCAUACACCCAAGCAAGUGACAGUCAGUGUGUUCACACCAGAGAGUAAAUCUGGGGAAGCCAGAUGGAGCUCAGAAGAACAAGAGUUAACCUCACAGGGCCUGGAGGUGAUUGGGCAGUACAUAGCAACACCACAAUCACCUGAAGCACUGCUUUACACUAGUUAUAAACAGAAGAGUGAUGAGUUUCGGAAGUUAUUCAGAGAGCUGCCAGACAAUGAGAAACUAAUUGCAGACUACACUUGUGCGCUCCAGAAGGAUAUCUUAUUACAAGGGCGCAUCUACCUUACAGAGAAUUUCUUAUGUUUCUACAGUCAUGUUUUCCGUGGUACAAAAAUCACGUUAAAUAUGAAGGAUAUUAGCACAAUGUCAAGAGAGAAGACCGCAAAAUGGAUACCAAACGCCAUCCAGAUCAACACUGUUUCAGAGAAGCUAUUCUUCUGUUCAUUCUCUGCCAGGGAGAAAAGUUACCUUGGUAUAUUUAGGCUUUGGCAGAAUAUUCUAAUGGAGAAGAAACUGACCAAGCUUGAGUUGUUGCAGAUGGUUAAGCAGCAUUAUGGCAAUGACCUAGGGUUGAGUCAUGAUGAAAUGGAAAGCUUUCAAACCUCAGCAGAUACUUUCACACCUACCCAACCCAGUCUGAACAUGCAUGGAGAAGAUUACACAGGGAGGCCAGAAAGGCCCACAUCACUUCGUCUUCCUCAGGGGGAGCUGAAUUCUUAUGAGGCUACGACACCACAGGGAGAUGAUGCACAAUCCUCAGUUGGACUGCAAAGCACACUCUCAGCAAAUGGGGAUGACACUCUCAGCACCCCAUCCCGUCAGCGCAGUCCAAAUCUGUCCUUGAAUCGGUCAGGGUCUGAGCGAGUGUCGAAACAUUCCUCUCUCUCUCUGGACCUGAAUGCCAAUGAAGACCAGCUCUCAGAUAACAGCAGAUCUGACAGCCUGGAGGAGGUGGAGGAAAGCGAGACUGUGUCUCCAGUGUCUCAAGGAAGGCUUUUUGUAAACAGGGUCUUUCACAUCAGUGCUGAGAAAAUGUUUGAACUGCUUUUCACCGAUUCUAAUUUUAUGCGGAGGUUAAUGGAUACCAGGAAGAUCACAGGUAUAAGCUCUACUUCUUGGAAAAGGGAGGCCUCUGGCUGUAUGAAAAGGACUUUGAACUACACCAUAACCAUCAAUAACCCCCUAGUCGGCAAAUUCUCCACUGCUACAGAAAACCAGACACUAUAUAAAGAGUCGAGGGAGGGCCAAUACUACAUGGUAGACUCCGAGGUCUUCACGCAUGAUGUUCCAUACCAUGACUACUUCUACACUCAGAAUCGCUUCUGUAUUAUCCGUAACUCAAAGCACAAGUGCAGACUCCGGAUUUACACAGAUGUGAAAUACAAAAAGCAACCCUGGGGUCUUGUUAAGUCCUUUAUCACCAAAAACUCUUGGAGUGGCCUAGAAGACUACUUUAAACACCUUGAGGCAGAGCUGCUUGAAGAAGAGGCAGAGUUGACUCAGGGAAGUGGAGAUGCUGGGAAGGCGGGAGGAAUGCGCAGGAGGCGAAGAUCCUACAGUCGCACUCUACAGGAACACAUGAAGCCAGGCAAGCAGUAUGGCACAGACUCUGAUCAGCAGAGAGGCGGCACUAAGGGUUCCAUGGACAUUAAGAACACAAAAAGAUUGAACAUCACUACCAUUGUGGUUGGGAUGAGCUUAAUUCUUUUCGUACUGACAGUUCUGAACUUGGGGCUGUUCUUUAAACUUUGGGCCAUGGAGGAUGUCGCCCACCGUAUGUAUGUGAGCACCAAGCACAGGAUGAGGGAGAGAACGGAGUCCAGUUUGGCUCCUGACUUUGGGCCAAGACAUGGACUGCCACACAGAAGUCGAGAGGAUGCACAGUUACUGAGGGCAGUACUGCAGGACUCCAUUAACCUUCUUGAGCAGCUGCGCAGCUCUCUUGUGGUGCUUCAGCAGAACUUACAGGUCUACAACAGAACCUCCUCUCAGCGCUAAAUGCCAUUUCAGGCUGGUGACCCAAAAACACAAGGGUAUUCUUCCCUUAAGACCUGCCCUCGCUGUGGAGUGUUGCCAUAGGGACUGUCAUCCCAGUGCAGACUCGUAACCAUGUUCACUGUCUCUCUGGGCCUAUUUGUUGUGGUUGGAUUAUACAUUUUUUUCUCUAAGCUUUUUUGUCUUGGAGGGGAUUUUGGCGCUGGCAAACUAAAUCAUACAAAUUUUUAUAAUGUAUUUGUUCACUUGUUCCUGAUUACCUUGAAAAUGAAUGAGAGAAGCUACAGUGUCUUUUUCAUUCUUUUGAGGUAAUAUUGAUUAACUGUAACAUAACUGAAAACAGUUAUAGAGCAGAUUAAAAAGCAAAGGCUUCUCAUGAUCCUGUUCUAAACUCUUGGGUGCUGAUUUGAUGGACAUUUAGAGUUUUUGCUGCACUACAAAAAUGCCUUAUAAAAUGUUGGAUGUAGUACAGUUGUACAAGGGUCUCCACUUUAAUAAAAGAGGGGCAAGGCAGGCCCAUUGCCUCUGCAGAUCAAAUAGCUCAAUUGUUAAAGAUAUAUCUUACAAGGCCACAUGAGUGAAUGUAUCUUGAUUUAAACAAAAUGUUGUCUUAAGAUACCUCUAAGAAUUUGUUAAUGAUUGCACCUUAACUUAAUGAAAAAUGUAUCGAGUUAAAUAUAAAAAUGUGUAGAAUCUUUUAGGCUCAACAUGCUCAUUUUAAAAUUUUAAUAAUGUGUAACACUUCAGGUUCAUCUAAAGCAAAUAAAAUAAUUGAGAAAUGGGUUAAAAUGAUGAGUGAUGAUCACUGUGAUGUCUUGCCUAUAGAUUGUUUACUCUUGACUUUAAUACCUCUUUUGGUUGUACAAUGUCUUUUAGGGACUGUAUAGUAGCUGUUGAUGAAAUAUGUUUGUGACAUCCAUUUAAAUUCUUCACAGUGGAAAAAUACAAAUUCAUGUGGGUCUUCAGCAUAAGAGAAUGUAGAAUGUAUUAAAUUUGUCACAGGAAACAAUAUAAGCGAAAUGGAUGUAUAUAGAUGUAUUUAUUUUUUGUAUAGAUUAAAGAAGUAUUGAAAUCUUUUAUAAAUUUUCUUCUGAAACUAUUUAUAAAUAAAACCCUGUAAUGGCAUU